GCCUCCAGUCGGCGAGCAGCGCGGGGCCGGGGCGGGGCCGGAGCGCGCGGGAAGCCCCGGCCGGGCUGCGGAGCUGUCUCCGCGCUGCGCAAUGGCUGUCUCGGUGCCGGGCUACUCGCCUAGUUUCAAGAGGCCGCCGGAGGUUGUGCGGCUCCGCCGUAAAAGGUCUCGGGACCACGGCGCCGGCGUGCCCUCCGCACUGCCGGAGCCCGCGCCCCGCCGCGCCGCGCUGGCGGCCGGGCUGCCCCUGCGCCCCUUCCCGACCGCGGGCGGCAGAGGCGGCGCCGCCGCCGCGACCGUCGCCCGCAGGAACCCUUUCGCCCGCCUGGACAACCGGCUGCGGGUCGCCGGCGAGGCCCGCGAGGAGCCGCCCCGCGGUCCGCAGGGAGCGCUGGGCCCGCUUGUAGAUUCCAAUGGAGAAAAUAACUUGCUGUGGGAGGAGGCGUCUCAUGAAAGAACUGUCACUGAACUAUCCCAGAGUCAACACAUAUUCUCUGAAUCGGACACUUGGUCUUCAGAUGGUGCUGAGUUACCUGUGGACUGGAGUAUUAAAACCCGACUCCUUUUCACCUCUUCUCAACCCUUUUCCUGGGCAGAUCAUUUGAAAGCCCAGGAGGAAGCCCACGGACUCGUCCAGCAUUGCAGGGCAACAGGAGUUACCUUACCCCAGAGUAUACCGGAUCCUAAACUUUGCACUGAGCUACGUUGUGGCUUCCAGCAGACCCUGGUCUACUGGCUUCACCCUACCUUUUCAUGGCUGCCACUGUUUCCUCGCAUUGGAGCUGAUAGGAAAAUGGCUGGAAAGACAAGUCCAUGGUCAAACGAUGAAACCCUGCAGCAUGCUUUAAUGAGUGACUGGGCUGUGAGUUUUACUUCUGUGUAUAAUCUGUUGAAGACAAAGCUUUGCCCCUAUUUCUACGUUUGUACCUAUCAGUUUACUGUCCUAUUCCGGGCAGCAGGAUUAGCAGGAAGUGAUGUGAUCACAGCGCUCGUAUCUCCUACAACUAGAGGUUUAAGAGAAGCUAUGAAAAAUGAAGGUAUUGAAUUUUCUCUGCCUUUACUGGAAGAUAUUGGCCAUAAGAAGAAAGUUCCAGAACCAAGCUUGGAAUAUGAGGAGGAGCAAGCAGUCAGUGAUGAAGAUGAAGAAGAAAGUUUUUCUUGGCUGGAAGAGAUAGGAGUUCAAGAUCAAAUUAAAAAGCCAGACAUGAUCUCAAUCAAGCUACGUAAAGAAAAACAUGAAGUACAAAUGGAUCACCGACCUGAGUCUGUUUUACUGGUAAAAGGACUCAACACCUUCAAACUGCUCAAUUUUUUGAUCAACUGCAAGAGUUUAGUUGCUACCUCAGGUGGACAGGCUGGCGUCCCACCAACUCUCUUGUCCCCAGUGGCCUUCCGAGGUGCCUCAAUGCAAAUGCUUAAGGCCCGAAGCAUUAAUGUAAAGGCACAAGCUCUUUCUGGAUACAGAGAUCAGUUUAGUUUGGAGAUCUCAGGUCCCAUCAUGCCUCAUGCUCUGCAUUCUGUGACCAUGCUACUCAGAUCUUCCCAGCGAGGGUCGUUCUCUGCUAGACUGUAUGCACACGAGCCAACUGCUGUAUUCAAUGUCUGCCUGCCCUUGGAUAAUGAGCUGGACAGAAAAGUUGUUCAUAAGGAUCUUGCUAACUGUGGGCUACACCCUAAAACCCUGGAGCAGCUCAGUCAAAUGCCAUUGCUGGGGAAGUCAUCUUUACGGAAUGUGGAAAUGAGUGACUACAUUUUUAAUUGGAGAUCCUGAACACCAAAAUUCACAUAAACAUGGUGAAUGUUGUGUAGUCACUUCUGAGGACGCUGCUGGCUGGUGUCUGGGAGGAAGAUGAUGCUAUGGCACAAGGAGCUGAUGAGCUGAUGGACUGCGCAGUUUCGUCCGUGUCUACCCACUCAUGUCAGCACACUCAAGUGCAAGACAACCGUGGGAUCAGGAAUUGCAAGGAUAACUUAGCCCUUUGCACCCUUGCUGAAAUGUUUUAUGGUCAAGACCAAAGAACCAUAAACUUUAAUUAUACUUAUUAAAACAAAAACAACUGAUUUAAAAAAUAUUACCUUGCCAUUCAGAAAAAAUUUGUCACCCACCCCUCCCCCCCAAUUUUUUUUAAUUUGAAGCGCUACUCAAAUCAGGAAGGUCAGUGUUCCCAGAAUAUAUCAAUCUAAGUACUUCACUGUUAGAAAGCAUAACAAUUCUACAAAUAUGGGACACGUAUUAAAUGGUAACUAAGUAACAAGCUGAGUACUAUCUAUCUCGGCUUAGGCACCUUUAACAGUGCUACAGAAAUACUGAUUUGAAAGCAAAAGAAUCACAUCCCUUUUUCCUAGAAGUUUGGCAUUCUUUUCGUUAUAACUGAAGUUAAUUUCUAUACUCUGACUCGAAGCCUCCAUAAGUAGCUUGACGUUCUCACAUUGCAUGUAUCUCCCCAGAAGAGUUAUUAUGCUUCAUUUAUUUCAGCACUGGUAGAGCUUUCCUUUUGUUUCAGUGUUGCCGCCCUCUCUCAACGCCGACCCAUAAUAAGAACCUCACUUUUGAUGGGAGACAAGGCCCUUAGUGGUGAGACU